GGAGAGAUAAACAAAUGACAGGAAACAAAGGGUCAGCCUGAAAAAAAAACAUACAUUGCAAGACACAAGACGACAGGAUCUUUUUCACUUUUCAUCAUGAGCGGGGUUAAAUAUCAAGGGUUCCGAGGUGCCACAGACUCAUAUGAGAGGAGGAUCGUUCUAGUUGGGAAGACUGGAGUGGGGAAAAGUGCAGCAGGAAACACCAUCUUGGGCAGAGAAGCAUUUGAGUCUGAACUGUCUCCGUCUUCUAUGACGGCUGAAUGCCAGAAAGCCAAGGGAAAUGUUGGUGAUCGAAAGGUUGCUGUCAUUGACACCCCGGGACUAUUUGACACUAAUUUCACCCAAGAGGAAGUAUUGAAGAGGAUCAAGAUGUGCAUUUCAUUGUCUGCUCCUGGUCCUCAUGCUUUCCUUAUGGUUCUUCAGCUUGGCAGAUUUACCCAGGAGGAGAAAGAAUGCAUUAAGAUGAUUCAGACCACUUUUGGUGAAGAUGCUGCCAAAUACACUAUGGUGUUGUUCACUCAUGGAGACCAGCUGAGGAAGCAAACCAUAGAGGGCUAUAUUUCAGAGAGUACCGACCUGCAAAUCAUCAUCCAGAAUUGUUACGGUCAAUACCACGUCUUUAACAACGAAAUCAAAGACCCUGCACAAACCAAUAUACUCCUGGAUAAAAUUGACAAGAUGACAAUGGCUAACAGUGGAAGAUACUACACCAAUGAAAUGUUCAUGAGAGCAGAGGAAGCCAUAGAGAAGGAGAAAGAGCGACUCCUAAAGGAAAUGGAGGCGCAAAAGCAGAAAGAGUUGGAUGAACUGAGAGCCAAAUUGGCUUCAAGGGCCUACCAAAGGGAGGAGAGAAGGGUGCAGAUGAGAUAUGAGUAUGCAGCCAGAGCUCGAGCUGAAAGAUCAAAUGAAUUUAUUGCGGCUAGAGUGAUAAUUGUAGCAACAGUCUGUGGUGUUGCCGUUGGAGGUCUGCUUGGAGUCGUAGGAGGUCCAAUUGGUUUGGCAAUUGGAAUGGCAGCUGGAGCAGCUGUUGGAGCAACCGUCGGUGCUUUAUCAGUGAAAGUCUCUCAGCAUUGCCAUGUGCAAUAAGGACAGUAUAACACAAUGUUAAUGAUUUUUUGUCUUCUUCUUAAACUCUCAUAAUCACUCUUUGUUAAUAUCUGAAAUAAUUUAUCUGAAAUAGAACAGAACUAAUCAGCUUGUAUUAUGCUGUAUCUUUAACAGUUUCUUGACUGUACAAUACUUGUGCAAUUA